AUGGCUUACCAAGCAGCUCGGUCAUAUGAUGAUACAGAUCGUACACUCUGGAUGGGUGAUCUCAAUCCUGAUUGGGAUCAAUCAUUUAUUGCAGAGGCAUUUGCUCGAAUGGGUGAGGAACUUGCUGGUUAUUGCUUCAUUGAAUUUAGCGAUCGAGAAUCAGCUCGUCGUGCGAUGUUACAUAUCAAUGGUAAAAUCAUACCGAAAUCAAAACCAGCGUCAGCAUUCAAUCUUUCGUUCGCAAACUCUCCAAAUGCGCCAUACACAGAAUAUAAUUUGUUUGUAAACAAUGUUCCACAGGACACAGAUGAUGCUGCACUCUUUCUAAUAUUUGGUGAACGCUAUGAAUCUUGUCGUGGGGCGAAAGUAUAUCGUAAUGCAGAUGGUACUUCUAAAGGCUUGGGUUUUGUACGUUUUUCGGACCAAACCGAUCAGCAGAGAGCUCUGCUUGAAAUGAACAAAUAUCGCGUUGAUGGUAAACAACUUAUUCUAAAAUUGGCGCAGCCAAAAUAUCGAGCACCUAGACAAUCUCGUCAUAUUCAACAGCAGCAACAGCAAACACAACCUCAUCAAAAUAUCUCUGGCUAUGAAAGCAGUGGUUAUUUAUCAGUUCAGGAUAAUGGUGGGGCAUCAAUAACACCUUCGACACCUACAACGCCUUAUUAUUCCUACAAUACGACAUCAGUCACAAACGUUCAUCCCACGAGCACUUACAACGCACCAUAUAUCUAUCCAUCGGUUGAUCUACGAACUACUCCGCAACCAGCUGUUUGUGAAUAUUACCCUUGUGUGGUUGGUGGAGCCAUUGUAUCAUAUGAGAUGUAUGGUACCGAACCGAUCGAAGAUGAAUCUGCGGAAGCUAGCAACGAAUACUUAUUACAAAAUGGCGAAGAAUUUUAUGAAGCACUUGAACAAAGUCGUUGGAGUAAAGUUGUCUUUGAUUCAAAUGUAAUUGAAGGUGAUUUGCUCAAAGUUCUUGGAUGA